AUGGCUGUGACCGAAGUUGCCUCUGCUCUUGGCUGCAAAUUGUUUCAUGGCGCCACGAUAAUUACUGUCAACGAAAAACGCCAGGUAUUCCGCAACGGCUAUAUUCGAAUUGACGGGGAUCGUAUCACAGCGAUCGGAAAAUGCCCAUAUCCCGACACUCUGCCCAUUGGGGCGCGUGAAAUUGACUGUUCCGGCAAGAUCAUUAUUCCUGGGCUCAUUAACACACACGCUCAUCUUGUCCAGUCCGUGCUUCGGGGCUUGGCGGAAGAUUUACCGCUGCACAACUGGUUAUGCGAUGCGAUAUGGCCCUUAGAGGCGGUUUUCGAGCACAACGACGGUGUCCAUGCUGCAAAUCUCACUAUGAUGGAAAUGCUCAAGACCGGAACAACCUGCUUUCUUGAUCCCAUGUUGACAUAUCGGGCUGGAUUUGAUCAGAUCUGCAAAGCCAUGGGACAAAUGGGGAUUAGAGGAUGCUUGGGGAAAUUGGUCAAGUUCACGGAAACCAAUCGCCAACUGUCAAUUUCGGAUCCGAGAGACCGAGACCUGCUUGCAAUGUCAAUUCCUGAACUCGUUAAAGCACACAAGACACACCACGGUAGUCAUGAUGGUAGAACUCAUGUCUGGGCUGCGGCAGGUACACCUCGCGGUGCACCAAUUUCUCAAUAUCUCGAGCUGGGAGAAACAUGUGCUGCGCAUGGUAUAUCCGCUACGAUGCACUGUGCUGAAGCUCCCAGAGAUCGGGAUAUUUAUCACGAUUCAUACGACUGCAGUGCCAUGGAGUUCAUCCGGGAUGCAAAGCUCUGUCCACAAGGCGAUGAAUCAGCGGAAAAUCAAGGAAAACAUAAUCUCGUUCUGGCACACAUGGUGAACCUUGACGAAGCAAUUGAUAUCCCUUUAUUGGCCACGACGCGGACUUCGGUGGCUCAUAACCCAACCUCAAAUCUCAAGCUAGCCUCUGGGGUAGCACCUGUUCCAGCUAUGCUUGCGCAUGAUCCUCCUGUCAAUGUCUCUUUGGGAACAGACGGGGCUCCUUGCUCGAAUCAUUAUGACAUGUUCCAGGAGAUGCACCUGGCUGGCAUACUUCACAAAGGGGUGAACCACGAUGCAAGUCUGAUCCCGGCGGAGACCGCUCUCGAGAUGGCGACACUCAACGGCGCUAAGGCUUUGGGAUUAGAAGCCGAUAUUGGCAGUCUUGAAGUAGGGAAGAAGGCGGAUAUUGUGGUGCUCGAUCCAUAUGGCCGCGGAGGGGUUGGAGCCGCACCUUGGAGUGCCGACACUCCGAGUUACGGGAUCAGCAUUGUUACAACUGUUGUUCAUGGUUGCACCGGUCAUGAUGUAGACAUUACAGUGGUGAAUGGUGAAAUUCUCGUUGAGGGUGGGGAACUGGCGAAGGGUGGGAAAGAGAGAGAGAUGGCCAUUGUGGGCCAAGCACAGCUGGCCAUCCAGGGAAUUUUGACUCGGUGUAACAGUGAACGUGAAGAAGAUUCUAAAAUUGGUGGAAAACUUGCGAAUGGUUGG